GUUCUCACGUUUGUUCUGUUUCAACAACCAGUAACCCCGUCCGUACGGCACACUCCGCGUGGAAAAGGAGCGCUUCAGUUACACGUGACGUUGCAGCCCAGGCUAGCUGCUUUUACUUUGAUUUGGGAUGUUAGCUAGCUUACCACUCUGUCAACUGAGGAGUCAGCAGAAUAAGCAGUAGAUAAAUGUCUUCUCCAAUUCAAGCAGAUGAGGAUGAGGUGGAAGAAGAAGUGGAGUUUGUAUCAGAGGGCUCUCUCAGACCAGUAUUGGAUUGUAUUGAUCUGCUGAGUGAUAGUGAGGAUGAGGGAUGUUCAUCGUUGGUAGGCACGCUUGAAGAUAAAAUCACCGGCCAUAAGGCGCGUGUUACAUCUACGCUGGACAGACUUGCACACCAGGUGGCUCUGGAGAAAAAGGAAAGAGCAGAUAAAUGUAGAGCGUUCAAGGAGAAACAAAUCUUACAAAAAGCUCGUGGACAGCAGGAGCUGGCUUUUAGUUCUACAAAUGGAAUAAAUCAGGAAGCAAAGCGCUGUGUAGACAUGUGGUUAAAGAUGCCAGGUCCUCAACCUGGAGUGAUCAGUGCUGGUUUUGGAAGAAGACACCGACCUGCUUCUUUCCCCAGAAAUAGUUCAACUAGACACACUUGUCCAGUGAUUAACUGUGGCCGAGUUUAUGACAAUGCGUCCCUCCUCGAUGGGCACUUAAAAAGGUUUGAUCACUCGCCUUGUGACCCAACCAUCAAUCUCAAAGGAAGUCCAUCUGAGCUUUUUGCCUGUGCUGCCUGUGGUCAACAUUUUCAAACUAAAGAAGCAUGGAGGAAGCAUCUUGAGUCUAAGUUGUCCUCAUCUACUGCUGAUGGUCACAGCAUCACUCAGACCUAUCAGCGGAUUGUGUGUUUUGCCUGUCCUGCCUGCUACGUCCUCUUCAACCUCCGAGAUGAGUGUCUUCAGCACAUGUCAGCCAAAAACCACUUCACAGAGUCACUUGCCAUGAAUGACACCAGAGGAAGAGCACUGCCAGUUCCUGUCCCACAAUACGUGAAGAAUCGUCUCAUCGCUCUGUGCAAGGAUGUAACGUUUAAUGUCCGAUGCUCUUUAUGCCACAAAGUACUGAUCUCACAUCAGGCAGCUCAAGCUCACUUUAAUGUGUACUGCAGACAGGGCUGUGCAGUGGCCAAGGCUGAUAAAACAAUAGUGCAGGUAAUGAAACAGCUGCAAGUGCGAGGGCAGUGCUCCCUCUGCUGCAAAAUCUUCCUCAGCCAAGCUGAAAUUGAGAGACACAAAGAAUCGACCCAGCAUGAUGUGGAGGUCAACCAAACGAUGGAGAAAGCAGUCCUUCAGUACUGCAGGUUUAGUGAAAUUCAACACACACAGAGGGCUAGAGAGGCACAGGGGAGAAGACAGUCCACCGGCCUUGAAACGCCUUUUCAAAAAAGAAACAAGAAGAGGAGCGAUUGUGAAGAAUUUCCAGCCAAACGGCAGAGACUAAGCGCGAGCGUGAAUGCCAGCACUAGCAGAAACUCAGCAACAGCAUGGUGCUGCGAGUGUGGUCUGCAGUUCUCAGAGGAGGCUGCAGCCAAUAAUCAUCUCUUGGCUGUGAACCAAAUUUUCCAUCAGUGCGGCGUGUGUGGCAAACUCAUGGGAGAGUCCUCAAUUACCCGCCUGCAUAUGAGUCGCUUUCACGGGGGAGCUCAUCUCUCCAACUUCCUCUUCUACUGCCGCAAAUGCAACGUGGAAAUGCCUCGGUAUGAAGACAUCCUGUCACAUGUGUCAGAAGCUCACAGCGGACACACCUACUUCACUGAACAAGAAGUUGCGGAGGAGCUCGCCACGAUCAUUGAUGACAAGCCGUCCACCAGCAAAGAGGUCACCCUACAUUCAUCCUCCACAAAAACCGCAGUCCGGCAUGACACAGUAGAGACAUCUUCUUCAAAAGCAGAGCAGGCGUGGAUGUGCAGGAUGUGCGAGGACAUCUUUGACUCGGAAGCGGACGUCCACCAACACUGCAAUGACGUGAGCAGUCACAGCUAUCAGAGAUUCAUCUGUGGACACUGCCCUCAGAAGUUCUUUAAAGAGUCCACUGUACGUAGACAUUGUAUGAAUGAGCACGACGGGCAGAUAAAGAGCUCCCACUUCUGCGGUCUCUGCGACAGCAUGCAGUUUGAAUCUGAGGGCGAGUUCUUGGAGCACUACAAGAGUCUCCACAGUAAGGACUACUACUGUAUGGAUGAUGUUGAAGUUGUUCAGCCUACUGUUGCUGAAAGCUCCAGUCAGCCUACAUGCCCAUGCAUGGGCUCAGAAAAGAGCAAAGAGGACAUGAAAGCUACAUAUACACAAUGCAUGAGGGAUCUGGCCACUGAAGGAAAAUGUCAGUAUGUGUGCGCUCCUUGUGGCAUAUCUGUGCCUUCCUAUGCACAGAUGAAGACUCACGUCCACACAAAACACGCAGCUUUGAACCUGGACAAGACCUUUGACGUAGAAUGCAAAGCUUGCCAGGAAAGGUUUAUGGAUGUACCGAGUUUCCAUAAACACUAUCAUUCCCGACACUGUACACUGGAACCUUGCGUGAGCUCCAGGACCUGCAGAAGAGACAUGAAAGCAGAACCCACCACUGUAAAAAUAGUCAAUGCUGUGGAGAUCAAACCAGACACCAAUGAGAUUGAAGAUGAGACACUGGUGAAGUUUUUCAACAUGGAUCAGGUCAACAAAGAGAGUGAAGCACAUGAAAAUGAAUCAGAGGAGGAGAUGAACCAUUCACCGUCUUUCAGUGCAGAAGAAGCAAGGGAGUCAGCAGAGUUGGAAGAAGCUCUUAAAAGAAGUCUUCUGGAGUUUUAAGGACAUGAAAAGAUUUGUUUUUUUUUUCGUUUGGACACAAUGUUUAUCAGACAUUAUAAUGACAUGUUUUGUAGCAGGUAUUUGUGAUCUGAAUAUAUUAAAUAAAUGUUAGUUGCUAUUUUA